UGAUUGACCAGUUUGUGGCGGAGCUGACCGCUCUCUCCCCUUUACUAUUCUUCUUUUCUUCCUGUGUUAGCGCCACUUCUUACUCACUUUCUCUCUCCUCAUAAAAUUUCAUUUUCACUCUCCUCCAAAAAAAAUUAAAAGAUCCAAAUCCCACAUUCUCCCCCCCUCUUUCUCUCUCCUCCGUUUUAUCUCCAACCUCCAUUUCCAUGGCGGAAAAUACCGAUGCUCCGCCCUCAUCAUCACCGCCAUCUCCGGUAACACCGAAAGAUCCAAUCACACUCCACACACGCCGAGAACCGUUCGAGUACGGCCUCCUCCCAAUCCCUAAGCUCAUCUUCACCGACGCCGCCGCAACCAUCGGAUCUCUAAAGGAGAAGCUCCUCCAACACGCCUCCUCCUCCGAUUCCCUUCGAGUCGACUCGUCUUCCGUCGCCGAUGUCCUUCAAAUAUCCGAGGAUAACGCUCGGCUCGUAAUUGAUACCCUCGCCGCUGUUCUUCCUUCCGAUUCCGAUCCCCUUGUUGUUGCAAAACCUGAUGAUGUGCCGUCGAUUGGGGUGAAUGUGUAUGAUUUGAUCCUGUUUUUGUAUAUUCAGUCAUACAAGAGGCUUCUCCCGCGGACUCAUAAGGAUUCUGCUGCAGUCGCCGAUGUUUGGCCGUCUACCUCGGCCUUUGAUGGCUACUUGUCUGCUCUCUCUCCUCUUCAGCUUGUACGCAGCAAUACUCGUAAAUUCAUGCCGUCACAAUCAGAUGAAGAAGCUCAUCAGUUGUCCUACUUGCAGAAACACUUGGCAAAUAUCCUUACCCUUUUAGCAGAGCCAGUUGAAGGGGAAGGUGACGAAUCUCUGUUAUUGCCAAUGGAAAGGUUUGAACACCUCGGGUUUUUGAUUCAAUUUGGUGUCAAAGGAUCUGAAGCAGUACCAUUAAGUCAAGCAGCACCCUUUUUUGCAAAUUCAGACCCUGAUAUGCCUGCUGCACCUGUACCUGCAGCACAAGUUCAUGAUUGGCUUCUGCAGAAGAUAGCUGAUUCCUUGGAACAUAUAGCAGAGAGGGCCACUGCGAAGGAAAAUAGUCCGUCAAAUGGUUCUGAUCCGGACAUUGCUAUGACUGAUGCCAAUUCUAAUUCGGUUAAGGCUUCAACAAGCUCUAGAGGCCUGACAUUUAUUGAAGGGAUCUCUAAGUCCUCUUAUGUGAAACAAGCCGCUGAAGUGAAAGGUUCUUCUCUUAAGGUGUUAAAUUGCCAUGACUCUGUUAUUUAUAUUUUAGCACCCUUGAGAUAUGCCACCAUAUAUGGCUGCUCUGAUGCAACCAUAGUUCUUGGAGCUGUUGGCAAGGCUCUAAGAGUAGAACAUUGUGAGCGAGUUCAUGUCAUCUCUGCAGCUAAACGAAUUUGUAUUGCCAACUGUCGUGAGUGCAUGUUUUUCUUGGGAGUCAAUCAACGACCUCUCAUUAUUGGUGAUAAUCAUAAGCUACAGGUGGCACCAUACAAUACUUUUUACCCACAAUUGGAGGAACACAUGAGUCAAGUUGGUGUUGACCCCACUAUCAACCAGUGGGAUGAACCUUUGCCAUUGGGUGUGGUUGAUCCACACGAUUCAUUAUCACACCCUGCAGGUGUUUCUGAUGCUCAAGCAGAGACAGCUGCACUGCUGGAUCCAGAUCAGUUUACAAACUUUUUGAUUCCGAACUGGUUUGGUGGUGAAGUACCUGGCGCUACUAAAGAUAACCCAUUUUCUUUACCCGAGGCUUAUAUGAAUUCUCAGCAUAAAAAUAAUACAAACCUUGGGGAGGUUAAGCAAGUUCUGCACGAGACACCCUUUGAUGAGAGCAAGAAGAGAGAACUGUCAUCUGCCCUCCAUGUGUUAUUCAAAGACUGGCUAUACGCUUCUGGGAAUAUUCGUCAACUAUAUUGCUUACAGGGGGACUAAUGCAGAUUGUGUAAAUUAUUGAUAGAGAUGGUGUUGACGGAUGUUUCUCUGUUUUGAUCAUCGAUUUGAAAGUACCGCAUUUAUCAGCACCUUUUGAGUUGAUAAUGUACACAACUCAUAACCAGGAUUACAUAGUGGUCUGAAGUGGUGACAGCAGUUAUAACUUAGUUCUUUGGGCAGGGUGCAUAUUUUUGCACUAGCUAAUCUCGUCCUCAAUUUUUCGUGUAAGGAAAUUCCCUGUAAUUUAGUUCCUGUAGUUUUCACCCGACUUUGUGAAAAUUGAUACUGGAGUGUCUUCAGUUGUCUGAUUGCAUAUCUUAUUCAGAUGGUGCAUUGUUAUUGUUUUGCUCCC